UUGAUUUUGAGCAACACUGACAGGCUGAAAACAGACAGCUAGCUGCUGAAUCGUCGCUCACAAAAUCGGUUUUAAUUCACACAUUUACCCGCAAAAGCAGCCGCGGCCAAAUUCGAACUGCCCGUCACAUGACUGUCCGCGCGUGUCGGCAUGGACAACCGCUGCUUUUGUUGCGCAUCCAAGUUCAGCCUCUUCAAGAAGGAGCUGGGCUGUAAGAGCUGCGGCCGCUCCCUCUGCUCCAGCUGUUUGACUUUCAGUGCGGUGGUACCUCGCCUCGGCACCGCCCAGCAGAAGGUGUGUAAACAGUGCCAUGGCAAUCUGACAAGUGGGGAGACUCAAAGCACUGCAGGAAGAUGGUCUCCUCCUGAAAACUACAAAAAACGGGUCGCUGCAUUUGAGGCGAAGCAGCAGGGACAGUCGACGCAGCCUCUUGCACAUGGUGUCAGUAGACAGAGCAAAGCGGGCCCUCUGCCAGCCAAGGGCCUGAGUAAAGAAGAUCAGGCCAUUGCUGAACGGCUUCAAAAGCUCAAAGACGACACUGUGCCAAAGUCUAUCCCCUCUGAGAAAGAGCUCGAGUCUCGCCUAGCUGCUCUGAGAGCUCCCAGUCGGCCAGUGCCGUCUGCGGAGGAGAUGGAGGAACGUUUGGCAGCUCUGCGGGGUCAGCCUCCACCAUCUCAAGCCCCUCCACCUUUGCACCAGCCUCCAGAUAACAGGACUCAGACUGAACGAGCCAAUGAUCUGCUCAGUCAGAUGACAGAGGAGGUUGCCAUCGAUGACCAACAAUCAAAUCCCGAAAGCACAGAUGUUGACGGCCGUAUGAACGAUCUUAACAAGGGGGAGGGGGGAAUACGAGAUGAGAAUUUGGAGGAGAACCAGGAUGCACCUAAGCAGUUGGAGGUUGAGAAGGCCCGUCUGCUGGAGGAGGCCAUGGAGGAGCUGAGGAAGGAGCAGCAUUCGCAGGAUCAGAUCCUCCACAUGACCAAGAGGUUGGCCCAGCUGAAGGGGCAGGACCCAGACAAAGUUACUAUGGAUGACUUCCAGCAUCCUGACAGUGAGGAGGAAACUGAGGAGGAAGCUGUAAAGAGGGUGUUAAAACAGCUCUCAGAAGAAGCUGCACUGGAUGAGGCCAGUGGCUACAACAUACCUUUAGAACAGUGUGGACCAAGGAACACAGAAAAUAAAAAAGCUGGAAAGAAACUGACACAGGCUCCAGGACCCAAGAGUAGGAUUUCACCAGCGGGCGUAGCACAACAGCCGUCAGACAGUGAUGAGGAAGAACUUCCUUGGUGCUGCAUCUGUAACCAAGACGCCACGCUUCGCUGUCACACCUGUGAUGGAGACCUUUACUGCAACCGAUGCUUCAGGGAGGGCCAUGAUAAAUAUGACAGGAUGGAGCAUCGCACCGCCAACUACACUGCGCCGAAGAAGAAGAGGAAGACAUGAAAGUCGGACUGUGCUCUAGAUGUUUCGCUUUAUCAGGCUCUUGUCAGUCAUCAUCCGUAGCCUGUUGCUUUAGCCUCAAGUGACCUAAUGUUGUAAAAAAGAAAAGAAAAGAAAUGUCUGAGAAACUCUAAACAUCACAUGUUAUCUAAGCAGAAUGCCUAAAUAUAACCUCUAACGUAUCGCCUCCGGUCCGUCCAACAUGGCAAUAAACAUGUGUCUAUGUAGACUACAGGAA